AAGAGCAGCACACCAACGAGGAGUCUUCUCGCCCAGCUGCUUGACAACAAACCUGGCAACCCCUUCAGUCGCUGCUGCAGCCACAUUGUCUCUUCCUGUUAACAAAUGCUCGAGAGCCUACGAGUCCGAGGAGACUGGGGGAGGGUGAGAGACAUGGACCUACACGGGGGCGGCGCUGGCUCUGGGCUGUCUGUGAAGGACUAGAGAUGAGACUGUGGACUUUACUGGCGUUUUCGGGGACUUUUCUGUGUGGACUCCUUCUGCCAUUGACAUACUGUGCGGAGGAGCAGCGAAUUCCCGAAGAUAAACUUCUAGUCGUGACAGUUGCCACCAAAGAUACAGACGGCUUCAGGCGCUUUCUGAGGUCGGCCAAACUAUUUAACUACACUGUCAAGGUUCUUGGUCGGGGUGAGAAAUGGAGAGGAGGCGACUACAUGUCAGCUCCAGGUGGAGGUCAGAAGGUGCGACUGCUCAAAGCAGCUCUGGAAGAUAUGAAGGAUGAGGACAAAAUCAUCCUUUUCAUUGACAGCUACGACGUGGUCUUUGCCUCAAGUCCCAAAGAGCUUCUGAAGAAGUUCCAGCAGGCCAAACACAAGGUGGUAUUCUCCUCUGAGACCCUGAUCUGGCCUGACAGACACCUGGGGGACAAACAUCCCCACGUCAGAGAAGGCAACAGGUUCCUGGGUUCAGGAGGUUUCAUUGGUUAUCUUUCCAAUGUCAAAGAACUGGUUUCUGAUUGGACGGGAGAAGACAGUGACAGUGACCAGCUGUUCUUCACCAAGAUUUAUAUUGAUCCUGCAAAUAGAAAAUCUAUAAACAUCACACUGGACUCUAAAUGCAGACUGUUCCAGAACCUGCACGGAGCCCUUGAUGAGGUGGUGCUGAAAUUUGAGGAUAGUCAUGUACGAGCCAGAAAUGUACUCUAUGAUACUCUGCCCGUCAUCAUCCAUGGGAACGGACCGACCAAGCUGCAGCUCAACUAUCUUGGAAACUACAUCCCCAACACGUGGACGUUUGAGACAGGAUGCACAGUUUGCAAUGAGGAUCUCAGGCCUCUCACCGCUUUAAAGGAGAGUGAAUACCCUCUAGUGGUAAUAGGCAUCUUCAUCCGACAGCCCACUCCAUUCGUCACAGUUUUCUUUGAACGCCUACUGAAGUUGCAGUAUCCCAAGAACAGGCUAAAACUCAUCAUCUUCAACCAAGAGCCUCAUCACGAAAGUCACGUGAGCUCCUUCCUACGGGAUCAUGGGAGUCUGUAUCAGGAUGUCCGUGUCUUUAGUCCAGAGGAGGAAAUGAAGGAAGCUGCCUCACGCAACUUGGCCUUCGACAUGUGCCGUAAGGACCAUGACUGCGAAUACUUCUUCAGCAUAGACAUUGAAGUGGUCCUCAAGAACGAGAACACGCUGAAAAUACUUAUCGAACAAAACCUGCCCAUUGUGGCACCGAUGAUAACUCGAGUUGGUCGUCUGUGGAGCAACUUCUGGGGAGCGCUCAGUGCUGAGGGUUACUACGCCAGGUCUGAGGACUACGUGGACAUUGUUCAAGGACGCAGAGUGGGUGUGUGGAACGUCCCAUAUGUGACUAAUGUGUACUUGGUGAAGGCAAGUCUCCUGAGAUCAGACCUGAAAGAAUACGAGCUCUUCGACUCACACAUCUUGGACCCAGACAUGGCGUACUGUCAUAACGCACGCAACAAGGGAAUCUUUAUGUUUGUAACCAACAUGCAAACAUUUGGUCGAAUCCUGUCGACUGAGAACUAUCAGACCAAGCACCUUCACAAUGACCUGUGGCAGAUCUUUGAAAACCCACUGGACUGGGAGGAACGCUACAUUCAUGAGAACUACACACACAUUGAGAAAAACAAGCUGAUAGAAACUCCCUGUCCUGAUGUUUACUGGUUCCCUAUAUUCACCGAUGUUGCCUGUAACCACAUGGUGGAGGAGAUGGAAAACUUUGGGCAGUGGUCUGGAGGUGCCAAUGUGGACACCAGAAUCCAAGGUGGCUACGAGAACGUGCCCACUAUCGAUAUCCACAUGAAUCAAAUCAACUUUGAAAGGGAAUGGCAUAAAUUCUUACUGGAGUACAUUGCACCAAUAACAGAGAAAAUGUUUCCUGGUUAUUACACCAAGGCUCAGUUUGACUUGGCCUUUGUAGUUAGGUAUAAACCAGAUGAGCAGCCCUCUUUGAGGCCACACCAUGACGCCUCCACAUUCACUAUAAACCUUGCACUGAAUCAAGUGGGCGUUGAUUACCAGGGUGGUGGAUGCAGGUUCCUCCGUUAUGACUGCGCCGUCGAAGCUCCUAGGAAAGGCUGGGCCCUCAUGCACCCUGGCCGCCUCACCCACUACCACGAAGGCCUCCCAACCACCUCUGGCGUCCGUUACAUUGCAGUGUCUUUUGUGGACCCUUGAGCUCCCAAAGAUGGCGACACCUGCACUGGUGAGUCCAGACCAAAGAGGAAUUCAAGAGAGACAUAAAAGCCAGAAACUGCUCUACCUAUAGAAUUAUAUCUCUCGUGGUGACUGUGAGCUUACAAUAGCCUGACCAAAAUGGCUGUUGAAGACCCAAAAACAUCCCAGCAUUUUUUUUUACCAGAAAAAAACCUUGAUCUCCUACAGAGCCUAUGACUAUUUUCAACUAAAUUAUAAAAUACAGAGCAGCCUUUUUGGUCUUAAGCCUGGGUCUGUUCUGACUGUGUGGUGUCUUAUGUGUUAUGAUGUGCCUCAGGAAAUCACCAGGACUACAUUACACAUUUCUAAAAAAGGUUUGUGAAAACGUGUGACUUUUAAAAUCUUCUUAAAGUUCAAAAAGUGCUUGUUUGCUAAUCCGUCUCUCUCCCAGUUGUGGUUCUUUGUUGAACUGAGUCACUCCAAAGCCUGUUAUUUAUUUUUGUAUUUGAUUUGUUCAAACUCAAACUACAUGUUUUAUACAGAACAUAUAUUUCAGUCUCACUGCCGUUAUGACCUGUAAUAGUCUUCUUCCAUAGACACUAAUUACAGUCAGUUCAGUUUUAAAGCAAAACAUAUUUGAAGUAACGGUCAUUUGUCUCCAUUGUUGUGCUUUAAAUAAAACAAUAAAUCCAAAUAAAUAGUUGCUGAUGUUUCUCAUCAAA